GGGCUUGUGCUCGCCCCCCCGCACCGGCAACAUUGGCAACGUAACUACACUCCUUUUCUCUUCUAAAUCCGCCUUCACCCAACUGCAUAGCCUGCUAUCCACUUCUUUAUUGGUUUGUCUUCUGUGUUUUGCCUCUUUUCCUUUGCAUUCCGAACUUGCCUUGGCCUUCGGAUGGAUCAUCUGCAGUCUUUUACCUUUGGUUCGCCUCGGCAUACCCAUUCAGAACCCAAGGCCAAACCUGCGCCGCUGGAUCGGCCUUCCUUUACAUUCAUCGAUCACGACGAUGACUUGACCUCCAAGAGGAUUAAAGAUGUCAAUGCACGCAAGGCUAUUCGCUCUCAUGUUAUGCGCGAUGUACGCCGACGUGAGAGACUUGCUGGGUUGAAACGAACAUCCAGACAGAACCGCGGGCAAUCCGAUACUUCCAAGGCUGCCGUUGAUGAAUUAGAUGAACAAAGACUAGUGUUGAGGGCCUCAUCCCAGUCUUCUGCUGCAUCUUCCCUACUGGACACAGAUACCGGAGACGGUUUUGCCUCAAUUUAUCGUGGGCGUCCUGUCAGGUGGUGUGCUGGCUAUCCUUUGCCUCUCCAUUCAAAUCCUAACCCACCUACAUCAUGGUUUCUUGAUCCUUUUUUUACGCUGCCCGGUACCAGUGAGCUCCCGUCAAUGGUGGCACAUUUGGUGUACUACUGGAAAACCAUAUUCGUACCGAUGACUUUUCCGAACACAAGCAAAGAUUCAAAUCAAGAGAUGGAAUUAAUGGUUCGAUCCUCAUUCUCGGAUCCGGGCAGUUUCUUUGGGCUGAUGAGCAUGUGCGCUGCACAUCGAGCCGUUCUCGCCAGCCAGCGAUCGGGUAAUUGGGACUCAGUCCUUACCAACGACCCUGACUAUUGUAUGAUGAGAGCAAAGUCCAUUCAAGAGAUGAGCGCAAAAGUACGGGAUCCAAGUCGCAGACUCAGCAAUGAGGCGUUUGAUACCAUCAUCAAUCUCCUCACUGGUUCGGUAUGGAUUCUGUUCGUGAAUGUCGGGUUGCAGUAUUGCAGUGCUAAAACCCCACAGCUGAUUAUCGGAGAGUUCAGCGAGGUCCAUACUCACCUAACUGGACUUAAAAGUAUGGUUGAUCUUCGGGGUGGAAUAACAGAUGAGAGUAUUCGUUCUUCUUCUAUGUUGUCUGCCAUCAUCACAACCGACAUCAAAGCCGCCUCGGGCCUAAUGACCAAACCCGUUUUUCCAUUAACUUGGGAUGCACAGCCAAUCCCUUCGGAAAUCCAACAGCGAAUCAGACCACUGACUUCGUCUCCUCUCAACAGACUAGGCACGGGGUUUUAUGCCAAUACAUUUCUCAGUCCCGCCUUAUUGCAGAUUAUAAGUGUGCUUCGUGACAUGGUAUUCUUUAGCAUCACUUAUCAGACAAAUCCCACGGUCAUUAAGCCUGGUGACCAAGACUUUUUCCGCAUUCUCAACUGCGAAGCAGAGCAUCAACUUCUCAGCUACAUCUACAGCGAAGGCUCCCCCAACCCGGAGCGCAAUCUUCAUCCGAUUGAAGCAGUCACUCGAGUGGCUUUUAUUUGUUAUCUCAAUCAUUUCUUGAUUGUCUCGCCUUCAUCGUCUGGAUUGGGUCGAGCCCUUACGAAACAUCUCAAGACAGCGUUGGAUGGCUGCAAAUUGCCCCUCCUUGUGGGAUUACCAAAUAAAAACUUUGGACUCUAUGUUUGGGCGUUAUUCGUCGGAGCCCAAGGUGCGCUGGGACAACCUCAGAGACAAUGGUUUGUGGAGCGGCUGGCCCGUGUCGCAAUGAUAUGUGGAUGGCAGUCGUGGGAGCAAAUUUCGAAACUUAUGGCUGAAUUUUUCUUUGUUGUAACUUUGGAUAGCUUGAAUUGGCGCUCUAUCUGGGAUGAAGCGAUGACUGGGUUUGUUAUAUCCGAAUCGGAGGAACUGGAAUUCUCAUCUCUUCUUGGAACGGGUGCACUCUCCCUUACUUAG